AUGAUGGAAGCUGCUGCUGCUGCCGGUUCAGUUCUGCUGAAACUGGGCAAGACCAGCAACUUGGAUAUCCCAAAGCAAAGUAGGGACAGCCCCAACUUUUACCUUCUUCUCAUUGCUAAACAGAGGCAUGACGAGGAGGCACUGAUUGACCAGGGGAGAAGGAGCAACGGUGCCAAGAUUCACUAUGAGAAGGAGGAGUUGGAAGGCCACCGGACCCUGUACGCCGGCGUGCAGAUGCCGCUGGUGGGGCAAUGCCACCGGCAUCACCGACCCCACAAGCAGAAGCAUCGGGAACAGGAGGAGGACUGUGCCCCGACGGAGCGGGGCUACCACUGCACCCCGUCCCAGCGGGUGCAGUUCAUCCUCAGGACCAAGGAGGACGAGCAGCAUGUCCCUCACGCCUUGUUCACCGAGCUGGAUGAGAUCUGCGUGAAAGAGGGCGAAGAUGCCGAGUGGAAGGAAACGGCAAGGUGGCUGAAGUUUGAGGAGGACGUGGAAGACGGCGGCGAGCGCUGGAGCAAGCCCUAUGUGGCCACGCUGUCCUUGCACAGCCUCUUUGAGCUGAGGAGCUGCAUCAUCAAUGGCACGGUGCUGCUGGACAUUAGUGCCAACAGCAUCGAAGAGAUCGCAGAUCUGAUCCUGGGCCAGCAAGAACAGCUCACGGAGUUUGACGAGCGCACGCGGGCAAAAAUUGGAGAAGUUCUUUUGAAGAAGCACCACCAUCAGAACGAGAAGAAAAGAAACAGCCUUCUCCGCUCGUUUGCUGAUGUGAGCAAGAAGGGGUCGGACCUGCACCUCCUCGACAAGCCAGCUCAAACACUUACCCCUCAUCCUUCUCCCACCACUGUGGAAGCUAAAAAUGGGGUGAACCAUGAGACCAGCACAACGGAUUUAAGCAAGGCGGAGCUGCACUUCAUGAAGAAAAUUCCCAGCGGGGCUGAAGCGUCCAACGUGCUCGUAGGAGAGCUGGAUUUCCUUCGCCAGCCCAUCGUGGCAUUUGUCCGCCUGACCCCGGCUGUCCUCCUCUCGGGCAUGACGGAAGUUCCCAUCCCAACAAGGUUCCUGUUUGUUUUGCUUGGACCAGAAGGAAAAGCCCAUCAGUACCAUGAGAUCGGCAGGUCCAUGGCUACUAUCAUGACGGAUGAGGUUUUCCAUGACGUCGCCUAUAAAGCCAAGAACCGGGCUGACCUCGUGGCCGGCAUCGAUGAGUUUCUGGAUCAGGUCACGGUCUUGCCGCCUGGAGAGUGGGAUCCAUCGAUCCGAAUCGAGCCCCCGAAAAACGUCCCUUCGCAGGAAAAAAGGAAGAUGCCAGGAGCUCUCGAUGACAGUGCUUCUGACAGUGAGCCAGAGAAGCACAGCGGUCCUGAACUGGAGCGGACGGGAAGGCUCUUUGGAGGUUUGAUCCUGGAUGUGAAGCGAAAAGCCCCGUGGUUCUGGAGCGACUUUCGGGAUGGUCUGAGGCUGCAGUGUCUGGCGUCCUUCCUCUUCCUCUACUGUGCCUGCAUGUCCCCUGUCAUCACCUUCGGGGGACUGCUGGGGGAGGCGACCGAUGGCCACAUAAGUGCCAUGGAGUCGCUGCUGGGCGCCUCCAUGACCGGCGUGGUGUUUUCCCUCUUUGCUGGCCAACCUCUCACCAUCCUCGGCAGCACCGGACCCGUGCUCGUCUUUGAGAAGAUCCUCUACAAAUUCUGCAAGGAGUACACGCUCUCCUAUCUCUCUCUGCGGGCAUGCAUCGGGCUGUGGACCGCCUUCUUCUGCAUCGUGCUGGUGGCCACCGACGCCAGCUCUUUGGUGUGCUACAUCACCCGCUUCACCGAAGAAGCCUUCGCCUCCCUCAUCUGCCUCAUCUUCAUCUACGAGGCUCUAGAGAAGCUGAGUCACCUGCGGGAGACCUACCCUGUGCACAUGCACAGCCAGCUCGACUUCCUCACCAUCGACUACUGUAAGUGUGAGGCACCGACGCAUCCCAGCAAUGAAACCCUGCGUUUCUGGGAGAGCAACAAGAUCAACGUGUCUGGCAUCGCCUGGGAAAACCUCACGGUGACCGAAUGUCGGUAUUUGCAUGGAGAGUUUCAAGGACCUGCCUGUGGACCCAAUGGCCCCUACACGCCUGACGUCCUCUUCUGGUGCUGCAUCCUCUUCUUCUCCACCUUUGUGCUGUCGAGCUUACUGAAGAAGUUUAAGACCAGCCGAUACUUCCCAACCAGAGUACGGUCCACAGUAAGCGACUUUGCUGUUUUCCUCACCAUCGUCGUCAUGGUGCUCAUGGACUUCAUGAUUGGGAUCCCAUCACCGAAGCUCCACGUCCCCCAUAUGUUCAAGCCUACCAGAGACGACCGCGGGUGGUUCAUCAGCCCCGUAGGACCCAACCCUUGGUGGACGGUGUUGGCUGCGCUCAUCCCAGCUCUGCUCUGCACCAUCUUGAUCUUCAUGGACCAGCAGAUCACUGCUGUUAUUGUGAACAGGAAGGAGCACAGGCUGAAGAAAGGAUGUGGGUACCACCUGGACCUUUUCAUGGUGGCCGUGAUGCUCGGGGUGUGCUCCGUGAUGGGGCUGCCCUGGUUUGUGGCUGCCACCGUCCUGUCCAUCACCCACGUGAAUAGCCUCAAAGUCGAGUCUGAGUGCGCAGCUCCAGGAGAACAACCCAAGUUUCUGGGGAUACGAGAGCAGAGAGUCACUGGCUCCAUGAUCUUUGUGCUCAUGGGCUGCUCUGUCUUCUUCACUUCUGUGUUAAAGUUUAUACCAAUGCCUGUGCUUUACGGCGUCUUUCUCUACAUGGGCGUGUCGUCGCUCGGAGAAAUUCAGUUCUUCGAUCGCUUGAAGCUGUUUUGGAUGCCGGCGAAACACCAGCCGGAUUUCAUCUACCUGCGGCACGUCCCCUUGCGAAAAGUGCACUUCUUCACCGUGAUCCAGCUGAUCUGCCUCGUCCUGCUCUGGGCCAUCAAGGUGUCCCGUGCCGCCAUCGUCUUUCCCAUGAUGGUUUUGGCUCUUGUAUUUGUCCGGAAAGCCAUGGAUUUCUGCUUCUCAAAGCGAGAGCUCAGCUUCCUGGAUGACCUUAUGCCAGAGAGCAAGAAGAAGAAGUUGGACGGUGCCAAAAACGAAGCCAAUGAAGAAGAGACGCCCAGCCCCAACUUUUACCUUCUUCUCAUUGCUAAACAGAGGCAUGACGAGGAGGCACUGAUUGACCAGGGGAGAAGGAGCAACGGUGCCAAGAUUCACUAUGAGAAGGAGGAGUUGGAAGGCCACCGGACCCUGUACGCCGGCGUGCAGAUGCCGCUGGUGGGGCAAUGCCACCGGCAUCACCGACCCCACAAGCAGAAGCAUCGGGAACAGGAGGAGGACUGUGCCCCGACGGAGCGGGGCUACCACUGCACCCCGUCCCAGCGGGUGCAGUUCAUCCUCAGGACCAAGGAGGACGAGCAGCAUGUCCCUCACGCCUUGUUCACCGAGCUGGAUGAGAUCUGCGUGAAAGAGGGCGAAGAUGCCGAGUGGAAGGAAACGGCAAGGUGGCUGAAGUUUGAGGAGGACGUGGAAGACGGCGGCGAGCGCUGGAGCAAGCCCUAUGUGGCCACGCUGUCCUUGCACAGCCUCUUUGAGCUGAGGAGCUGCAUCAUCAAUGGCACGGUGCUGCUGGACAUUAGUGCCAACAGCAUCGAAGAGAUCGCAGAUCUGAUCCUGGGCCAGCAAGAACAGCUCACGGAGUUUGACGAGCGCACGCGGGCAAAAAUUGGAGAAGUUCUUUUGAAGAAGCACCACCAUCAGAACGAGAAGAAAAGAAACAGCCUUCUCCGCUCGUUUGCUGAUGUGAGCAAGAAGGGGUCGGACCUGCACCUCCUCGACAAGCCAGCUCAAACACUUACCCCUCAUCCUUCUCCCACCACUGUGGAAGCUAAAAAUGGGGUGAACCAUGAGACCAGCACAACGGAUUUAAGCAAGGCGGAGCUGCACUUCAUGAAGAAAAUUCCCAGCGGGGCUGAAGCGUCCAACGUGCUCGUAGGAGAGCUGGAUUUCCUUCGCCAGCCCAUCGUGGCAUUUGUCCGCCUGACCCCGGCUGUCCUCCUCUCGGGCAUGACGGAAGUUCCCAUCCCAACAAGGUUCCUGUUUGUUUUGCUUGGACCAGAAGGAAAAGCCCAUCAGUACCAUGAGAUCGGCAGGUCCAUGGCUACUAUCAUGACGGAUGAGGUUUUCCAUGACGUCGCCUAUAAAGCCAAGAACCGGGCUGACCUCGUGGCCGGCAUCGAUGAGUUUCUGGAUCAGGUCACGGUCUUGCCGCCUGGAGAGUGGGAUCCAUCGAUCCGAAUCGAGCCCCCAAAAAACGUCCCUUCGCAGGAAAAAAGGAAGAUGCCAGGAGCUCUCGAUGACAGUGCUUCUGACAGUGAGCCAGAGAAGCACAGCGGUCCUGAACUGGAGCGGACGGGAAGGCUCUUUGGAGGUUUGAUCCUGGAUGUGAAGCGAAAAGCCCCGUGGUUCUGGAGCGACUUUCGGGAUGGUCUGAGGCUGCAGUGUCUGGCGUCCUUCCUCUUCCUCUACUGUGCCUGCAUGUCCCCUGUCAUCACCUUUGGGGGACUGCUGGGGGAGGCGACCGAUGGCCACAUAAGUGCCAUGGAGUCGCUGCUGGGUGCCUCCAUGACCGGCGUGGUGUUUUCCCUCUUUGCUGGCCAACCUCUCACCAUCCUCGGCAGCACCGGACCCGUGCUCGUCUUUGAGAAGAUCCUCUACAAAUUCUGCAAGGAGUACACGCUCUCCUAUCUCUCUCUGCGGGCAUGCAUCGGGCUGUGGACCGCCUUCUUCUGCAUCGUGCUGGUGGCCACCGACGCCAGCUCUUUGGUGUGCUACAUCACCCGCUUCACUGAAGAAGCCUUCGCCUCCCUCAUCUGCCUCAUCUUCAUCUACGAGGCUCUAGAGAAGCUGAGUCACCUGCGGGAGACCUACCCUGUGCACAUGCACAGCCAGCUCGACUUCCUCACCAUCGACUACUGUAAGUGUGAGGCACCGACGCAUCCCAGCAAUGAAACCCUGCGUUUCUGGGAGAGCAACAAGAUCAACGUGUCUGGCAUCGCCUGGGAAAACCUCACGGUGACCGAAUGUCGGUAUUUGCAUGGAGAGUUUCAAGGACCUGCCUGUGGACCCAAUGGCCCCUACACGCCUGACGUCCUCUUCUGGUGCUGCAUCCUCUUCUUCUCCACCUUUGUGCUGUCGAGCUUACUGAAGAAGUUUAAGACCAGCCGAUACUUCCCAACCAGAGUACGGUCCACAGUAAGCGACUUUGCUGUUUUCCUCACCAUCGUCGUCAUGGUGCUCAUGGACUUCAUGAUUGGGAUCCCAUCACCGAAGCUCCACGUCCCCCAUAUGUUCAAGCCUACCAGAGACGACCGCGGGUGGUUCAUCAGCCCCGUAGGACCCAACCCUUGGUGGACGGUGUUGGCUGCGCUCAUCCCAGCUCUGCUCUGCACCAUCUUGAUCUUCAUGGACCAGCAGAUCACUGCUGUUAUUGUGAACAGGAAGGAGCACAGGCUGAAGAAAGGAUGUGGGUACCACCUGGACCUUUUCAUGGUGGCCGUGAUGCUCGGGGUGUGCUCCGUGAUGGGGCUGCCCUGGUUUGUGGCUGCCACCGUCCUGUCCAUCACCCACGUGAAUAGCCUCAAAGUCGAGUCUGAGUGCGCAGCUCCAGGAGAACAACCCAAGUUUCUGGGGAUACGAGAGCAGAGAGUCACUGGCUCCAUGAUCUUUGUGCUCAUGGGCUGCUCUGUCUUCUUCACUUCUGUGUUAAAGUUUAUACCAAUGCCUGUGCUUUACGGCGUCUUUCUCUACAUGGGCGUGUCGUCGCUCGGAGAAAUUCAGUUCUUCGAUCGCUUGAAGCUGUUUUGGAUGCCGGCGAAACACCAGCCGGAUUUCAUCUACCUGCGGCACGUCCCCUUGCGAAAGGUGCACUUCUUCACCGUGAUCCAGCUGAUCUGCCUCGUCCUGCUCUGGGCCAUCAAGGUGUCCCGUGCCGCCAUCGUCUUUCCCAUGAUGGUUUUGGCUCUUGUAUUUGUCCGGAAAGCCAUGGAUUUCUGCUUCUCAAAGCGAGAGCUCAGCUUCCUGGAUGACCUUAUGCCAGAGAGCAAGAAGAAGAAGUUGGACGGUGCCAAAAACGAAGCCAAUGAAGAAGAGAGGCAUGACGAGGAGGCACUGAUUGACCAGGGGAGAAGGAGCAACAGUGCCAAGAUUCACUAUGAGAAGGAGGAGUUGGAAGGCCACCGGACCCUGUACGCCGGCGUGCAGAUGCCGCUGGUGGGGCAAUGCCACCGGCAUCACCGACCCCACAAGCAGAAGCAUCGGGAACAGGAGGAGGACUGUGCCCCGACGGAGCGGGGCUACCACUGCACCCCGUCCCAGCGGGUGCAGUUCAUCCUCAGGACCAAGGAGGACGAGCAGCAUGUCCCUCACGCCUUGUUCACCGAGCUGGAUGAGAUCUGCGUGAAAGAGGGCGAAGAUGCCGAGUGGAAGGAAACGGCAAGGUGGCUGAAGUUUGAGGAGGACGUGGAAGACGGCGGCGAGCGCUGGAGCAAGCCCUAUGUGGCCACGCUGUCCUUGCACAGCCUCUUUGAGCUGAGGAGCUGCAUCAUCAAUGGCACGGUGCUGCUGGACAUUAGUGCCAACAGCAUCGAAGAGAUCGCAGAUCUGAUCCUGGGCCAGCAAGAACAGCUCACGGAGUUUGACGAGCGCACGCGGGCAAAAAUUGGAGAAGUUCUUUUGAAGAAGCACCACCAUCAGAACGAGAAGAAAAGAAACAACCUUCUCCGCUCGUUUGCUGAUGUGAGCAAGAAGGGGUCGGACCUGCACCUCCUCGACAAGCCAGCUCAAACACUUACCCCUCAUCCUUCUCCCACCACUGUGGAAGCUAAAAAUGGGGUGAACCAUGAGACCAGCACAACGGAUUUAAGCAAGGCGGAGCUGCACUUCAUGAAGAAAAUUCCCAGCGGGGCUGAAGCGUCCAACGUGCUCGUAGGAGAGCUGGAUUUCCUUCGCCAGCCCAUCAUGGCAUUUGUCCGCCUGACCCCGGCUGUCCUCCUCUCGGGCAUGACGGAAGUUCCCAUCCCAACAAGGUUCCUGUUUGUUUUGCUUGGACCAGAAGGAAAAGCCCAUCAGUACCAUGAGACCGGCAGGUCCAUGGCUACUAUCAUGACGGAUGAGGUUUUCCAUGACGUCGCCUAUAAAGCCAAGAACCGGGCUGACCUCGUGGCCGGCAUCGAUGAGUUUCUGGAUCAGGUCACGGUCUUGCCGCCUGGAGAGUGGGAUCCAUCGAUCCGAAUCGAGCCCCCGAAAAACGUCCCUUCGCAGGAAAAAAGGAAGAUGCCAGGAGCUCUUGAUGACAGUGCUUCUCACACCAAGCCGGAGAAGCACAGCGGUCCUGAACUGGAGCGGACGGGAAGGCUCUUUGGAGGUUUGAUCCUGGAUGUGAAGCGAAAAGCCCCGUGGUUCUGGAGCGACUUUCGGGAUGGUCUGAGGCUGCAGUGUCUGGCGUCCUUCCUCUUCCUCUACUGUGCCUGCAUGUCCCCUGUCAUCACCUUCGGGGGACUGCUGGGGGAGGCGACCGAUGGCCACAUAAGUGCCAUGGAGUCGCUGCUGGGCGCCUCCAUGACCGGCGUGGUGUUUUCCCUCUUUGCUGGCCAACCUCUCACCAUCCUCGGCAGCACCGGACCCGUGCUCGUCUUUGAGAAGAUCCUCUACAAAUUCUGCAAGGAGUACACGCUCUCCUAUCUCUCUCUGCGGGCAUGCAUCGGGCUGUGGACCGCCUUCUUCUGCAUCGUGCUGGUGGCCACCGACGCCAGCUCUUUGGUGUGCUACAUCACCCGCUUCACCGAAGAAGCCUUCGCCUCCCUCAUCUGCCUCAUCUUCAUCUACGAGGCUCUAGAGAAGCUGAGUCACCUGCGGGAGACCUACCCUGUGCACAUGCACAGCCAGCUCGACUUCCUCACCAUCGACUACUGUAAGUGUGAGGCACCGACGCAUCCCAGCAAUGAAACCCUGCGUUUCUGGGAGAGCAACAAGAUCAACGUGUCUGGCAUCGCCUGGGAAAACCUCACGGUGACCGAAUGUCGGUAUUUGCAUGGAGAGUUUCAAGGACCUGCCUGUGGACCCAAUGGCCCCUACACGCCUGACGUCCUCUUCUGGUGCUGCAUCCUCUUCUUCUCCACCUUUGUGCUGUCGAGCUUACUGAAGAAGUUUAAGACCAGCCGAUACUUCCCAACCAGAGUACGGUCCACAGUAAGCGACUUUGCUGUUUUCCUCACCAUCGUCGUCAUGGUGCUCAUGGACUUCAUGAUUGGGAUCCCAUCACCGAAGCUCCACGUCCCCCAUAUGUUCAAGCCUACCAGAGACGACCGCGGGUGGUUCAUCAGCCCCGUAGGACCCAACCCUUGGUGGACGGUGUUGGCUGCGCUCAUCCCAGCUCUGCUCUGCACCAUCUUGAUCUUCAUGGACCAGCAGAUCACUGCUGUUAUUGUGAACAGGAAGGAGCACAGGCUGAAGAAAGGAUGUGGGUACCACCUGGACCUUUUCAUGGUGGCCGUGAUGCUCGGGGUGUGCUCCGUGAUGGGGCUGCCCUGGUUUGUGGCUGCCACCGUCCUGUCCAUCACCCACGUGAAUAGCCUCAAAGUCGAGUCUGAGUGCGCAGCUCCAGGAGAACAACCCAAGUUUCUGGGGAUACGAGAGCAGAGAGUCACUGGCUCCAUGAUCUUUGUGCUCAUGGGCUGCUCUGUCUUCUUCACUUCUGUGUUAAAGUUUAUACCAAUGCCUGUGCUUUACGGCGUCUUUCUCUACAUGGGCGUGUCGUCGCUCGGAGAAAUUCAGUUCUUCGAUCGCUUGAAGCUGUUUUGGAUGCCGGCGAAACACCAGCCGGAUUUCAUCUACCUGCGGCACGUCCCCUUGCGAAAGGUGCACUUCUUCACCGUGAUCCAGCUGAUCUGCCUCGUCCUGCUCUGGGCCAUCAAGGUGUCCCGUGCCGCCAUCGUCUUUCCCAUGAUGGUUUUGGCUCUUGUAUUUGUCCGGAAAGCCAUGGAUUUCUGCUUCUCAAAGCGAGAGCUCAGCUUCCUGGAUGACCUUAUGCCAGAGAGCAAGAAGAAGAAGUUGGACGGUGCCAAAAACGAAGCCAAUGAAGAAGAGGAGUCCCCGAAAAUGAUGGAAGCUGCUGCUGCUGCCGGUUCAGUUCUGCUGAAACUGGGCAAGACCAGCAACUUGGAUAUCCCAAAGCAAAGCAGGGACAGGACUGAUCCUUGCGAGAUUAAUAUCUCGGAGGAAGUGUUGAAAACGAGCGUGUGGAAGGCUCUCACUAUGAACACAGAAACAGUCUGA